ACCCGCGCCUGCGCACUGCCGCCCCUCCCUGCCUCUGCCUGGUGACCUGCAGUAGCAACUUGAAAGGCGCAAGAUCACCGGAUAGCACUGUCAUUUCACACAUUCACACAUACAUACAUACGUACAUACGUAAAGGACGGGGGCAAGAGUCGGGAGGGGGCGAUGGCCGCCAUGAUCUACGGGAGGAUCUUUGUGGGCAUCUACGUGGAGAUCAAACGGAGUGACGGACGAAUCCACCAGGCGAUGGUCACCUCACUGCAUGAAGACAACGAGAGCGUGACGGUCGAGUGGAUUGAGAACGGCGACACCAAAGGAAAGGAAAUUGACUUGGAGAGCAUCUUUGCCCUGAACCCAGACCUAGCCCCUGAGGAGGAGGUACCACCCAGUCCAGAGGCUCCUCUUCCUCCUUCCAGUGUGGCCAAGACCAGCAAAGUGCCCAAGACCCGACGAGUCACAGCCAUACCCAAACCAGAGAACACCCCGCGGGAGAACCGAGCACACACAAGUGUGGGAACCACCCGGGCCCGUCCGAGCCAGCACAGCCAGCCCACAGAGCCCCCUCCCCCGUCCAUCGCCGCCCAGCCUGCGGCCAACCAAUCGCUGAUCCAGCAGCAGAACGCACGACGUAAGUCCAACUGCGUGAAGGAAGUGGAGAAGCUGCAGGAGAAGCGAGAGAAGCGCCGACUUCAGCAACAGGAACUUCGGGAGAAAAGAGCACAAGAAGUGGAUGUCAACUUGCCAAACUAUGAGAUCAUGUGCAUGAUCCGCGACUUCCGGGCCAGUCUGGACUACAGACCUUUGACCUCCAACGAUCUGAUUGAGGAACAUCGGAUAUGCGUUUGUGUACGUGCACGACCCCUCAACAAAAAAGAGUUGUCUGUCAAAGAUUUGGACGUGAUCACCAUUCCCAGUAAGGAUGUGGUGAUGGUACACGAGCCCAAGCAGAAAGUGGACCUGACCCGUUACCUGGAGAACCAGACGUUCCGCUUUGACUACGCCUUUGACGAGAACUCCACCAACGAAAUGGUGUACAGGUUCACCGCUCAGCCGCUGGUGGAGACCAUCUUCGAGCGAGGAAUGGCGACCUGCUUCGCGUACGGGCAAACAGGAAGUGGGAAAACGCACACGAUGGGAGGAGACUUUUCCGGGAAAAACCAAGACUGCUCCAAAGGGAUCUACGCCUUGUCGGCGAGAGACGUCUUUCUUAUGCUGAAGAAGCCAAUCUACAAGAAGCUGGACCUCCAAGUCUUUGCCACGUUUUUCGAGAUCUAUAGCGGGAAGGUGUUCGACCUGCUGAACCGUAAAGCCAAGCUGCGGGUCCUGGAGGACGGUAAGCAGCAGGUGCAGGUGGUGGGGCUGCAGGAGCGCGAGGUCAAAUGCACGGAGGACGUCCUCAAGCUCAUCGAAGUGGGGAACAGCUGUCGGACGUCCGGUCAGACCUCAGCCAAUGCCCACUCCUCCCGCAGCCACGCCGUCUUCCAGAUCAUCUUGCGGCGCCGGGGCAAGAUGCACGGAAAGUUCUCCCUCAUCGACCUGGCGGGCAACGAGAGGGGCGCCGACACGUCCAGCGCCGACCGCCAGACCCGUCUUGAAGGAGCUGAGAUCAAUAAGAGCCUACUGGCCCUCAAGGAGUGCAUCCGAGCGCUGGGUCGGAACAAACCUCACACUCCCUUCCGAGCCAGCAAGCUGACCCAGGUGCUCAGAGACUCCUUCAUCGGGGAGAACUCUCGGACAUGCAUGAUAGCCACAAUCUCUCCCGGGAUGGCAUCCUGUGAAAACACCUUGAACACGCUCCGAUACGCCAACAGAGUGAAGGAAUUUGGGAUCAGUCCCUCCGACAUUCCCUUCUCGCAGAGCGGUGGACGCGCUGAGCUUUCUCCUACUUACGAGGUGAAGGAGCUGACGGUGGAGCCAGCGGCCGCCAUGGACACCCACCAUGAGGAACACAUCAACCAGUUGGAGGUCCUGGAGGCCCAGUGGGGCGUGGGGAGUUCCCCGCAGAGAGACGACCUAAAGCUGCUCUGCGAACAGAACGAGGAGGAGGUCUCCCCGCAGCUCUUCACCUUCCACGAGGCCGUCUCUCAGCUGGUGGAGAUGGAGGAGCAGGUUCUGGAGGACCACAGGGCUGUCUUCCAGGAGUCCAUCCGCUGCCUGGAGGACGAGAAGGUCCUGUUGGAGAUGACAGAGGAGGUGGACUAUGACGUGGAGUCUUACGCUACGCAGCUGGAACAGAUUCUGGACCAGAAGAUCGACAUUCUGACUGAACUGAGAGAUAAAGUCAAGUCCUUCCGCUGUGCACUGCAGGAGGAGGAGCAAGCUAGCAAACAAAUCACCCCCAAGAGGCCUCGUGCACUUUAGACACACAAACGCUGAACGCCAGUGAAACAUCCAAAGGAAGGCCACAACCUCGCCUUCAUGCUCACACCUGAUUUCAGAGCUCAAGUUGUCCUCUUCGUCUUGUGUGCGUCGUCUUGCGUGCGUCUUCUGGCUUGCAGCCAUCUUGCCCCUUUUAGCCCCCAUCACACCUAACAUUUUAAAGGUAUUGUUUUUUUAUCUAAUAAGGCAAAAAAGAAAGUUAAAAAGUACUGCAUUUGUCACUUUUCCAUUGCAAAGUACCAGCUCUACCCUACCUGCCUCGAUUUAGGGGGGGCGCUAAAACUGCAAACGGCAUUGGACAUAUCAGUCAAAAACAAACAAAUAUUUUAUCCCAGAGGAGACUGUGGGCCAAGGUAAGCAGGGUUAAGCUAACGUUACCAUGGGGUUUUUUUGUACGGAUGCUCCAAUCGAUAGACCACCCGUCAGUAUCGGCCGAUUUCCGUAGAAAACACGUGAUCUGCGUUUGCCAAUAAAAGCCUUUCACAGCCGAUCACAAAAACAGAUCGGUGUGCAGCGGCAAGUCCUACAUGUCUGCUGUAUCACGUAGCGCUGCCAACAAAAUGACGCAUCUCGUAUUGAGCUUGACACAGACUACACCAAUCUAUGCCAGAGUGCUUGAUCUCUCCCUUAUCAAACUUGUUGCUGUUUGACUUUUCUUGCAUGUUUGUUGACAUGCUUUGCCUAGAUGUCACUGGCUGCGGGCUAGCUAGCUAGCUAUCUUCUGGUCUUGGGACUCCAAAUGUGACUUUUUAGCACAGUGACAUUUUGUUUUUAAAACAAACAAGCAAUGUGGUUUGUUGGGUGUUCCUUUUUGUCCCACGGGGACGUGAAUCACGUUCAUGGGGUACGUACUAACUUUUUCAAGUGUCACUGAACAAUUUGACUAUCUUGUUGUCAUGAUACCAAGGGGCUAUCCAACGGCAGCGGCAAAGUUUUAUGAUGGUUUCAGCCUCUCAUCCACACGGGAAUGGCGCCCUGGAAUAGUAUUUUUUGAAAACGGAGAGUGGGGAAAUCUGACAAUGCCAGCUCGCCGUUUCCGUAUGGACUAACAAAUCCACUUUCUUCUGUGGUUUGGUGUGUCACGUGGUUCCGUCCGCGUAUCUGUUCACAGCGCCACACGUAGGUGUGCCUUGCCUUACGACAUUUUCACUCAGUUAUCCGUUCCCGUCUGGAUGCAGGAAUUUACUAAUCUGGCACAGUGUGCACGCAACCUUUUUUCAGCCCGCCAAAAAUAAAAUCCCAAGAAUGUUCCCAUGUGGACAGGGCUUAAUGAGGUCUUGUCCUCCAGACGCUAUUUGGGUGUGCUUGUUAAAUGAACAUAAACACGUAGCGUGUCCAGCCUUAUGAGGCUCUAAGAAUAUUUGUUUCUUAGUAGUUUUUUAUCACAAGUGUUGAACUCAUACUUGAUGUCUUUAUAUAAUGACAAAUGAGUACAAAAUAACAUAAAGACUCUUUUUCAUGGAGAUGUGCUUGGUAGAUAAAGUAGUGUACAGUUGAAAUUAGGGAUGGACCAAUCCCAUCUUCAGGAUCGGGAUCAGCUGCCGAGCCGCUGUAUUUUGAAGAUCGGAUAAUAUCAGCUUCCGCCACGGGCUUGGGCCAAUCCAAUUGCCGUAUCACGUUGGUAACUCUGGGCCACACUCCAACACAGGAUGAUACUGAUGACCAACAAGGAUCGUUACCGGAUCGGAUUGGAAUGACCAGAUAGGAAGCCAAAAAAAUGUGGAUCGGGACAUCCCUAAUUGAAAUGUUGGCAGUCAUCAUUUUGUGUUGAUUCUCUUUUCACUUAAACACCACACCAUAAAAACUUAUUUCUAUUCUUUUCUAAUAUUAUAGAAAAAAAGACAAUUUGGCCAAAAGUUAAUUUUUUUUUUUUUAUGACCUAUUUGUCCUUUUCAAGACAAGUCCUUGGAAUUGUCUUAACGGCGGCCCUGAUCAAUACCACCCAUCAGAAAUAUAUUGAUAAAUCUACACUUAAUCCAUGUGAUCGGUAUUGGCCGAUCUCACUCAAGGAUGAUCGGUAUCGGAAUAAUAAUAAUAAUAAAUAAAUAAAACCCUGAUCGAAGCAUCCCUAAUUUUUGGUCAUUUUUUGCCGUGUAUCCUUAAAUUGUCCUCCUGGACUUGCAGUCGUUUACGUCCCCUGCAUGGUAUCAACUCGGCCCACCUGUGCUAGAACUAGUACCUGGUCAAUAAUAACGAGUAGAGCCGUGACCAGUCGGUUAGGUAGUGGAAAAAGGGCGUAUUUAUGUAUUUUUAAGUAUUUAUGUACGGUACGUGAGCUUUUCGAGUCACUUUUGGGCUGAUUUUAUAAGAAGUGUGCAGGGGAGGGACAUGAAGUUUGGCUCAUUUUAAAAAAGAGCUGCUGUGUUUACAUUGAUCCUGUCCUUCACUGAUGAGCUUAGAGCUUGCAUUGCAUCAACUGGCCUUUGGGGGUCGCUGUAAUCAAACAUUUUCACACUCACACAGUCAAACAAAAAUGUAAUUUGCUAGAAUAAAAAAACCCACUUGGUUUGAGUCGCACGUGUGUGAUAAAUGUGGAUGACUGAAUGCAGACUUUAACGCUACUCCACUGGAUUUCUGGCUGAUGUUGGUUUUGGUUGGGGUGGGGGUGUCAAAACAGCAAACCGCAUUGAAAUGCAACACACCAAACACAGAGGAGAUUUUCGACAGGAGAUUACUUUUUUUAUUUGAGAAUCUGAGGGCAGCUGCGGCAAAGCAGAGACUUAGGAGUUUAAUUCUAAUGUUAACAUGGGGGGUUAUUUUUUGUAUCCUCAAAAUGUGCUGGACCUGCAGUUGUUUCCAUCCCCUUAUAUAAACUAGAACUAGUACCUGGUCAAUAGUGAGUAGAGCCGUGACCAUCAGGUACCAAGCAGUGGAAAAGGGGCGUAUUUAUGGAUGCUAUGUGUGACUGUGUCUUUUUUUAAAAAAAUUUAAAAUCAACUUUUAUAGACAUGACUGGCCCAAUUUGAUAAAAAAAAAAAGUGUGCAGGGAGAGGGAGAUUAACCGUCGAGGUUCCCCAGGGCCUUUUAGGUAAAUUUUUGCUCAUUCUUUACUCAUAAUUUUGAUUGUGUUACUCCAUAUGGAAUUAUUUUUUUCCCCAUAAAAAUCUUGAAAAAUCACAAAAAUGUAAUUGCAAAUUUGUUCAUAGUUCAACCGGACAUCAGGGGCAAACAGACUACCAGAUACAGUAUGUCUGUGUAGGCUCUCAGUUGUACAGGAGUUGUCCAUCGAGGGAAAGGC